AGUUCCCGCGAAGUAAAUAGUCGGUGUAAGACAUGUGAUGUCAUGGUAGCCAACAAGCUACGCGUAGGCUUGUUUAGAUUUCGUUAUGCUAGACUUUAAAUCUUAGUGUCGUGAGUUUGUGUUCUGAUUGUGUGAAAAGACAUCAAACAUCCACUCGAAAUCUGAAAUUUGACUAUGUUUCUCAAAGAAAACAAUUUGGGAACCACGAGGUUUUUAUCCGCGUGCUUACAAACUGCUCUUUUGUUGAUGUCCGUAUUCCAUACGGGCAUAUCCAGUGUAAAGGCUGAUGUGCGCUGCUACUGUAAUCUUCCAGUUUGCGUCACGUCUGGAUAUAUGUGCAAAUCGUCUCUUGGUAUCUGCGUCUCAGAUUUCUUUGACUACAGUGGAGACCUCUGGAGGUCGCGGCAUGCGUGUUUGGAACUCAUUUCCAAAAAUUCGCAAGAGAUGGCGCCACUAGAAUGUCCGGACUCUGAUCCCGAACUCGAGAAACGGACUUACCCCACUCGUCUCUGUUGCCAAGAGGAUAUGUGCAAUUAUUUCCGAAAUGUGGUCGACUCACAAGAUCCAAUUUACAGACUAAAUCACAGCUAUAUGACGG